GCUACUAGGCGCACAUCGCCGCCGCCCAGCGACGCCUCCGCCUCCGCCUCUCUUCUCCUCAGUCCUCACCCAUUCGCCGCCGGCCACCGAACCUCCCCCAGCGCAGUCCACCUCCUUCCUUGCCACGCACACCCCCACCUCCCCGAUAAACUCUCCAACCACUUCUCGAGUAGUCCAGCCCCGCCCCCAUCCGAUUCCCACUUCCCGGCGGCAGCAUGUCGAGACCCCUGGCGCGGCGCGCGGUUCCCCCAUUCCUGAGGCUGCGCUCCACGGCCUGCGACGACGGCCACUGGAUCGGCCGGCUGGACCACAGGGACUGGCUCGCCCCGAACGAGGUGCUCAAGAUCUUCGCGAGCAUCAGGGACGCCGCUCUGAUAACCAGCGUCUUCAGGAAGGCCUGCGCCCGGAGGGACUACAAGCCCAGCGAGGCCCUCUACGGCCUGAUGAUCGACCGGCUCGCCGGCGCCCGGCGGUUCGGCGACGUGGAGGAGCUGCUGGCCAGGGCGAGGGCCGAGCGGUUCAGGUUCUCGGACGACUUCUUCUACAGGCUCAUCAAGAUGUACGGCAAUGUGGCCAACCACCCCGAGAAGGCCAUGGAGACGCUCUACGCGAUGUCCGAGUACGGCUGCUGGCCGUCCACCAAGACCUUCAACUAUGUGCUCCACAUGCUCGUGUGCAGGCGGCAGUACGAGGUUGUCCACGAGGUGUACUCCAGCGCGCCCAGGCUGGGCGUGGAACUGGACACCUGCUGCUUCAACAUCCUUAUCAAGGGGCUGUGCCAAUUUGGGAGAUUCAACGAGGCCCUUUCGCUGCUGGAUGAGAUGCCGAAGCAGGACUGCCGGCCUAAUGCGAUGACCUAUUCGACCCUGAUGCAUUUCCUCUGCCGGAACUGCCGGGUGGAUGAGGCGUUCGAGCUGUUUGAGAGAAUGCGCAAGGAGGAAAUCGAUGCGGAUACGGUUGUUUACAAUAUAUUGGUAUCUGGUCUCUGCAGAGAGGGAAGGGUGACCUCUGCAUAUGAUCUGUUCAAGUCGAUGUCGUCUCAGGGCUGCCAUCCUAAUUCAGGGACUUAUCAGGUACUUCUUGAUGGCCUUGUGGCCUCAAAGAACUUUGUGGAGGCGAAGGACCUGGUUGGUAUGAUGAGUGCUGAAAGUCUGAGACCUAGUUUCUCAUCUUACAAGCUGCUAAUUGAUGGCUUCUGUAGUGUUAACUGCUUAGAUGAUGCACAUCAUGUCUUGAAGCAAAUGGUGGACCAAGGUUUUGUUCCUCGGAUGAGUACUUGGACAAAACUUCUUACAUCCUUAUGCUGAAAUGUAUGUUCAUGCCCGUGGACCUGACAAUACACUUGAGCAAUGAGAUUAUUUUGUUACUGGAACUAGUGAACCAACCUGCUUUCUGCGUGGAUUUGCAUAUUGAAGCCAGAUCUUUUUCCGUAUGGGGAUUUAGCAAUAUCGGGUCUCAGAACGACCAAGUUCUGUUUACUGAUGACCCAUAUACUGAUGUACUUGAGAACUGAGCGCUAGCUCGGUUGGCUUGAAGCUCAUGGGUGUGAGCUCGCCCACCCAUGUCCAACCCGCAGGGAAGUCUCAUUUUCUACCUAACUAACGGACAGUUAAAGGAGGGGCUCUUCCCCCUUUAGCCAACAUUUAUAUACUUGUAUACCUUGGUAGCCUGUUGGUUUUGUCUCUGAUUUCAACAUAGUGCAGGCUCCGCAUUCCUCCAGUUUAAAUGUGAAAAUAUUGGUAAGCUCAUGACAUUAUGUUCUUUCGUUACAACUCAAUAUGACAAUUUUUUGUAUGUCUGACAUUUGAAAUGUGUGACAUUUUUCGUUUCUCUGGACCGUACUGCUAUUGAAUUCCAGGCAAACAGUAUGAAAGAUGCAUGCCAUGAGGUAGCUGUUCACCUUUUAUAUACGAGUACCCUUUAAGCGCAGAACAUCAUGUUGUUUGUGAUGCAGUUCUUACAUUGUUCUCACCUUCUCGGUGAGACAGAAUGUCCCUUAAUAGCUCCUUUUCUCUUUCCUUGACUGUUUAAUUGUUUAACUUGUCCUAAUACUAAUAUAAUUCUGUUCCUAGGUUCAUAACCAUCUUCCCAACUUUUAUCUUUUGGGGCUUAUAAGCUGAUCAUCUCUUGGAGUAAACAUUAAUCUCUUUACUCAAGUUGCCGUAGAUCUGGUUUCAAGAUAAGAAUUGAGUCCAUAUAGAGAUGGAAUCUGCAAGGCCAUGGCUUUGAGCUCACCGGCAACAACUAGGCCAAGGGCCACUACACCGAGGGCGCUCAGCUCAUCGACUCUGUUCUUGACGUCGCCCGCAAGGAUGCCGAGAAGUGCGACUAUCUCCAAGUAGUUCGCGAUGAGAACAUCCACAAUGAGCUUGGAAGAGGAGUGGCGACAACUAAUGGCACCUCUGGCGACUAGCGGCGUUCCGUUUUUCCUCACAUUCCAAAAUGUACAAAAUGUACCGGUGGAUGAACUAUAAGUAUGUAUUUAAAUAUAUGGAUGAAUGUAUAAAUAUUUGGAUGCAUGGAUUGUAUGUAUUUGAAUAUAUGGAUGGAUGUAUAAAUAUUUGGAUGCAUGGAUGAAUUGCAUAUUUGAUUUUUAAUCCA